AUGGGAGCUGGUACAGGCGGUCAAUGGGAGCUGGUGCAGGUGGUCAAUGGGAGCUGGUACAGGUGGUCAAUGGGAGCUGGUACAGGUGGUCAAUGGGAGCUGGUACAGGUGGUCAAUGGGAGCUGGUACAGGUGGUCAAUGGGAGCUGGUACAGGUGGUCAAUGGGAGCUGGUACAGGUGGUCAAUGGGAGCUGGUACAGGUGGGUGGUCAAUGGGAGCUGGUACAGGUGGUCAAUGGGAGCUGGUAGAGGUGGUCAAUGGGAGCUGGAACAGGUGGUCAAUGGGAGCUGGUACAGGUGGUCAGUGGGAGCUGGUAGAGGUGGUCAAUGGGAGCUGGUGCAGGUGGUCAAUGGGAGCUGGUACAGGUGGUCAAUGGGAGCUGGAACAGGUGGUCAGUGGGAGCUGGUAGAGGUGGUCAAUGGGAGCUGGUGCAGGUGGUCAAUGGGAGCUGGUGCAGGUGGUCAAUGGGAGCUGGUACAGGCGGUCAAUGGGAGCUGGUACAGGUGGGUGGUCAAUGGGAGCUGGUACAGGUGGUUAAUGGGAGCUGGUAGAGGUGGUCAAUGGGAGCUGGUACAGGUGGUCAAUGGGAGCUGGUACAGGUGGGUGGUCAAUGGGAGCUGGUACAGGUGGUCAAUGGGAGCUGGUACAGGUGGUCAAUGGGAGCUGGAACAGGUGGUCAGUGGGAGCUGGUAG